UGAAGCAUUUGAGCUCGAGAGAUGUGUCGUGUUCGUCCGAUCCACAGCUGCCAUUUUGGCGUGGCGUAUUGCGCUGGUUUCUUUCGUGGAGCUGGGAGAGUUUUCCUCGGUCAUGACUGCAAGCUAGCGAAGCUAGAGCUGACAGUGAGGAGGGAGUUCAAGGCUGGGCUGCUCCUUUUCGAACGCUUAUAUGGCGGUUUGCUUUCCUGGACUGAGGGCAGCCAAGGCACGAGUGCUUUGAAGUGGACGAAGACCAUAGGGAUCGCAGUCGAGAGCGGGCACGGCCUCCAACCUAUGCGCGCUCAACCGCAUGUGUCUUACAGAUUUCUGCCUGAACUCACAGAGUGGUUCCUUCCCAACAAGCUUUCUUGGGAGUAUCUUGCAGGUCUGUUCGACGCCAUUGCUCUUGUUCGAAUCUGUAGAGGCCAGCUAAGUCUGGAGAUACCGCACAAAUGCCAUAUUCUCUUGGAAAAUAUCAAGGCAUUUCUGGAAGACAGGCUCGACGCAAGAACUGGUGAGAAGCGAAUCAAUCUUCGAGGUUUCCACCGGUGCCGUUUGAUCAUCCGAUGCAAUGUGUUGAGUUACAAAAUUCUUGAGAAACUGGUGUGUUUCUUGAGAGUAAGGCGCCCUGCAGUCGAACUUAUAUUGCAUCCUCGUUCUGAAAUCAGUCUGUAUGAUCUGAGACUUCUUGCAUCAGCUCAAGGCGCCUUUCUUGGAUUGCAUCCUUCAAUCAAGGGAGAGUUUCGAGUGAUUCCACGGACAAAGAGCUUCAAACGCAUCUUGGAAUUCCAAGCGCGGCAAGAAGAGACCCAUCAUAUUCGAGAUCACCUCGAAGUUGCUAAGCACUGCUUGAGCUCCUCAAAGCACAGGCACGGAUAGGCACGGAUAGGCACGGAUAGGCACGCAGCACAGGCAAAGGCGAGGGAGAUGCUGGAGACGUCCUAGCUGGCUGCACAGUGGCAGAAUGAAUGCGGAACGUCGGUCUGAAAGAGGAGAGAACGAGUGAUACACUUGUGACACAAAGUGGUUCCUUGCUACUAGUAGCGAUGCCCUUUGUUACUGGCUUCUUGCUCCUAGUAGUAAGGCCAGGAGCCCCUGGUAGCAUCCUCCCUCAUGAACGAAGUGAAGAGAAAUUGAGACAGCUGAGUCACGAAUGAUGGACUUUGAGCUCUCGGCGUUCAAGAGGAAGCCCUUCGGCCUUCGCAAACGCCAUUUCCGAGCGCCAUUCCCUGCCAUGCGAGAAGUGCGAACGUGC